UCCUGCGAGGCAGCGCUGGCGGCGGUGGCGGGAGGCCGGUGAUCCGGCCAUGACUGCGGAGCUGCAGCAGGACGACGCGGCCGGAGCAGCCGAUGGCCACGGCUCGAGCUGCCAAAUGCUGUUAAAUCAGCUGAGAGAAAUCACGGGCAUUCAGGACCCUUCCUUCCUUCAAGAAGCUCUGAAGGCCAGUAAUGGUGACAUCACUCUGGCAGUCAAUCUUCUCACAGAUGAAAGGGUGAAGGAGCCCAGUCAAGACACUGUUGCUACAGAACCAUCUGAAGUAGAGCGGAGUGCUGCCAACAAAGAAGUAUUAGCAAAAGUAAUAGACCUUACUCAUGAGAACAAAGAUGAUCUUCAGGCUGCCAUUGCUUUGAGUCUACUGGAGUCCCCCAAAGUUCAAACUGAUGGAAGAGAUCUUAACAGGUAAUUGAUUUAAUUUAUAA